AUGGCAUCACUCUCUGGAACUCACCUGGUCCACCUGUGCCUGCUGGCCUGGUCUUACCUGGGCCUGUCAGAGGUCUCUAACUGCCGCCAGGGGACCACACAGGGGACCACCCAGGGGACCACACAGGGGACCACCCCAGGGGACCACCCUGGGGACCACCCAGGGGACCACUCAGGGGACCACCCAGGGGACCACCCAGGGGACCUCCCAGGGGACCACACAGGGGACCACCCAGGGGACAUCCCAGGGGACCAUUCAGGGGACCACACAGGGGACCACCCAGGGGACCAUUCAGGGGACCACCCAGGGGACCACCCUGGGGACCAUCCAGGGGACCACCCCAGGGGACCAUCCUGGGGACCACCCCAGGGGACCAUCCAGGGGACCACCCCAGGGCACCAUCCUGGGGACCACCCCAGGGGACCAUCCAGGGGAACACCCCAGGGGACCAUCCUGGGGACCACCCCAGGGGACCAUCCAGGGGACCACCCCAGGGGACCAUCCAGGGGACCACCCCAGGGGACCAUCCAGGGGACCAUCCUGGGGACCAUUCAGGGGACCACCCUGGGGACCAUCCUGGGGACCACCCCAGGGGACCAUCCAGGGGACCAUCCAGGGGACCAUUCAGGGGACCACCCUGGGGACCAUCCUGGGGAACAUCCCAGGGGACCAUCCUGGGGACCACCCCAGGGGACCAUCCAGGGGACCACCCCAGGGGACCACCCCAGGGGACCAUCCAGGGGACCAUCCUGGGGACCACCCCAGGGGACCAUCCAGGGGACCACCCCAGGGGACCACCCAGGGGACCAUCCAGGGGACCACCCAGGGGACCAUCCAGGGGACCACCCCAGGGGACCAUCCAGGGGUGCAACAACGCUGCCUUUGUUCCUGGCCACAUCCUAG